AUGUCGUCUGACAUUCUACCUUCGCUGGACCGGUGCAGUCCCUUCCAUACCAACGCCCCGGCCUACGACGCAAAACCGGUCGACCACUUGGUGGCCUAUUUCAAGCUCUGGAAGCACUUUAUCGCCAGCUUGAUUGCCUACCUUAAAGACGUGGCCAACGCGAAGGAGUUUGAGCUGAACUUGAAUCUCCAGCUUGUGGGCUCCGUGCAGUUCCCGGGCUACCGUGACUUGGCCUUCCGGACUCUCCUGGCCGUGCAACAGGCGCAGUCAUCUCCGCUGUCGCCUCAGGGCUCCAAGGAGUUGGGCAAAUCGCUGAAUGCCCAGUCCACGAACUUGGCGGCUCGCCCGGGAAUGCCCAAACAAAAGUCCCAGUCGUCCAUCUUCAAGAACCAGUCGUUUGCCCACCGCAAAACGCCCUCCUCCUCCACGUUAAGCGACCUUCCAGCGCCAAAGAAGAAGGACCACCCCAACCAGUUGAACCACACCUCCACCCUGUCGUCGCUCUCGCUGUCGGUGGCGGCGGCCAAGUACGUGCCCAAGUCCGACGUGGCUGUGGAUCCAAGCUACUUUCCCGCCAACUCGUUGUUCACCAACAUGGCCGGUGCUUUGGUCAACCACCACUACCACACGUACACGGCCCAGACGAAAAUCACCAAGGACCUCCAGCAGAAGCUCAUUCCAAAGUUGGAGAGCUUGCACCGCAACUUGAGUAACAAGAUCAAGGAGAUCAAGCUGUCGUUGAAGAACGACUCGUUUGCCAACCCUUCCUUGGCCAGAGAGAUUUCCAAGACCGGUGCUGUCAUCAACACGUUCGUUUCCAGCAUCCGCCGCUACUCCGGUCCUCGUCCUGUGCUUUCCAAGGAGCUGGAAGGCGACGACGAUGACGAUUCCUUGUCGGACCCAUUCCUCGUGAAAUUACGUCUUGACUACCAGCUCAAGAACCAAUUGAUCCACGAAAAUUACGUCUACGCAUCGUACGUCAACUUGCAGAACAUCUCCAAGGACCUUUUCAAUUACGUCAUCAAGGACUUGAAUUUUGUCACUGAACGCUUGGGCAGGCUCUGCAACGGAGAGGUGUACGCUUCAUCCGCCGAAAACGCAUUGUACAAUCUCUCCUGGACACUCAAAAACUACAUCAACAAUGCCAACAACGAUUGGGAGUUUUUCAUCUCGCACAAUCCCAACUUCUUGAACACGUUCUACUCGACAGAGAAGCUGCCCAAGCGUGAGAUCAGAACCGCUCACGACAUUGUCAUUCCAUUCGCUGAUACUUUGCAUUCCAAGUGCUUGCGCUGUGGCAUCAUGUACAAGAAGCAGAGGCUCAUCAAGUCGUACACCUCGUACUUCUACUUGUUGACCUGUAACUAUUUGCAUGAGUUCCGUCUUGACACCAUGUCUGACAAGAUUUCUGACGCCACGUCCAAGGCAGACAAGAAGACGGGUGAAAAGACGAGCCAGAAGAAGAAAAAGGGCAAGAUUGGUGGUGUGGUUGGCCCUGAUGAUACCCCAGUCAAGUCCUACAACUUGAACAACUACUCGUUCCAGCUCAAAAGUGAGAAGGAUUUCAAGUUCAUCUUGACCAAAAUUUCCAGCAGCUCGCAAAAGUUCACCUUUAAGUGUGCCAACCAGGAAGAUUUCCAGAACUGGUCCACCGAUUUGCAUGACUUGCUCAAGUUCUCGUCGCUGCACUUGAAGAGAUUCGACUACAUCGAGGACAAGUUGGACAUGAGAGACAAGAAGCUCCCAGAGUCUGCAAAGAAGGGCAAGAACAACAACAUGACCUUGUCCCUCGACCAACCCCAGGGCAAGGACCAGGCCCAGGAGAGUCUCAGUGGUAUUUUCACUCCUCGCGUACAGCUGCCAUCCGAGACGGUCAAGACGGAAAAGAACCCAUUCGAGAACACUUUCACCGAUCUUCCAAAUGCUACUCACUCGCAGUCGCAAUCGCCGGAAGUGCUCUCUGCUGGUCCUUCGCCAUUGACGUCUCCAGCUUUCGAGGCAGAAAAACCAGCCACUCCUAUCUCUCACGGAGCCAUGUCACCCGCCUCGGCCAGGUCGCCCACGGGAUCGACGGGAUCCAUCACGCCAGGCGAAAGCUCUGGCGAUUUGCAUCAGAAGGAGCACGAGAACUACCUCAAGCUCCAGAACGAGAUUUUGAAACAACAGCAGCAGUUGAUGGACUUGAAGAUAUUGCACAGCCCCAAGAGCUCCGCCAGCAACCAUCUUCUGUUGUCGAGACUGACAUCAGCCGAGUCGAUUGUAUCGAUGAUGGAGCAGAACAACAAUGACUUGUCUGCCCUUUUGAACCUGGGCAAGGACCUCAUUGACCAGCCUCCUGCUGCGGAAGAGCUCUAUAACAACCACGAGUCGAACUCGCUGGUUCCUAAAGUGUUUGUGCUGAACCACGGGAACGGGGCCUAA